UUUAAUACUUUUUAUUUCAUAUUUAUUUUAUCAUAUUUUAAUAUAUUGUUUAUAAAGAAAAAAGAUGUUUCAUGUAUCGCAGAAUCUUAAAUAAUGGCUGGUGAAUCGUCAAAAGUAAAGGACAAACGAAAACUAGCGAGAACCGAUCGCAUUCCUGGUCAGCCACAACAACAUUCGUUUUUGACUGAUCCAAAUGACGUUAAGAAGAUGGAAAAAGAUUUACUUGACCUGAUGAAAGAUUUUAACGAAGGAAAACUACAUGCAUUUGGCAAUGAAUAUACUCUUGAAAAGAUGGAUCAAGUGAGAGAAUCACAAGAAUCCCUGGCACAACUUCAUUUUGAAUUAGAUGCUGAAGAAUCACAUCGGAAGGAACAUGAAGAAGUUGGUCGAAAUAGGAAUUUGGAGAGACUUAUGAAGGAUCUAGAGAAAUUAAGCUCAUCAAUACAAAACCUUCAUCAAAAUGAUCCUCAAACAUAAACGUUUGAUGAAUAAGGAGUGAUUGACCGCAACACUGGGCUGUUUACAGCAAUUGCUAUACAUUGUCCUACUCUGAAAGGUGUUGCUUGGAAGGUGCCUUGAGCGGUUCUACAGAUACAGAGAUAAAUAUAAUUUACAUUUAAUAUUUAAUGAAGACAUAAUGUUUAAUGAAGAAAAUGUGUGC